AGAGUUCCGAAAAAACAAGAUGGCGACCAAGUUGUUGUGAGUGGAAAACUUAUCAUUCGAGAAUUCCAAUUGUUACUUUGCCUUUUUGCGAAGCUGCUUGACAACAUUUACGUUUCAACUAGAGAUUGUUAUUUUUAUAUUCGCACAAGUGAAGACUGGCCACGAGAAAGCUUUUUCCUUGGUACUUUGGAGUUUGUUUACUUCAAGGGAUUUGUUGCCAAGCGUAUCUUCUUUGUUGUAAUUUGGCGACUUGCUACUAACAGCUGUACAAGAGAAAGGUUUAAUCGAAUUGUCGGAACUACCAGAGACAUAUUUCAUGAAAAAGUAUCAAAGCUUUGCCAUAAGUUGAGUUCUUAUCACGCCGCCGGUGUGAAAGUUUACCUGGAGUCUUUUUUCGAGUUUCACAGUUCUAGCGACAACAGCUGAUCUGUACAUGUGACCAUUUUAUGCUGCUUAUAUCAAGCAGUUAAAUAAGAGUCACUGAACAUCGGCAUCUGUUGCCAGAGAAAGGAACUCUUGAUACUCCAUCUGCCAGACAUCAUGUCUCUACGGACUAGAAUUAAUGGCUUCACUGCAUGGGUGAAUUUAAGGCUAUCACCUUCAGGACACUUCAUGCACAACAUCCUGACUGAUCUGCUGAAGGGAUACAACAUGAAGGUUCUUCUUGAAAGUAAGCAUUCAUCACUGGUCGAAAAUGUUACCUUGAAACCUCACAGAAAAGUUUUUGACUUAUUAUGGUGCCUUGUCUGUCACGAUAUCUGGUUUGUCUGGGAACGAUCUGAGUUCCUUCAACAAGCUGAAGGACAGAUGCUGACAUCCAAACCUUUCUCAGUAAGUAUUAAUAACAAAGGUAUGGCUGAUAAAUUUAUUUGCUUAUCAGACAAUCUCCUCCUUGCUCAUGAAUCAAUCCCAUACUGUUACAAACUUUUGUCUUUAAUCAACAGCAAGUCAGAUGAUAUGGUGAUCAAACGUCACAGAUCAAGGAACUAUCCGUCCCCGGAGUACUGUAUCCUGGACAUGGUCAAUGCUCACCUUAAAAUGAACCGUGAAGGACGUAAGCUCACUAGGGGUGUUUUGAGUUUGAGUGACCUAACUGACAGCAGGGUUCUGUGUGCUCUUGUGAAUUCAUUUGUGCCUGAAACAUUUACCACAGAAGUCUUACUAAAUGACAGAUGGACAAUAAACCUUGCCUUAACAACUGCAAACCAGAUGUUCAAGUCUUCCAAUCCUUUUGACUCUCAAGACUUGGUUGAGGGUGACAUCAUGGCAGUGUGCUGUUAUUUUGGGUUUUUCUUCAUGAGUGGAUACAGGUAUCGUCAAUCCAGAGCAGUGCUGAAGAGACUGGAUGAGUUGAACGUUUUAAAAAUUGGAAUCAAAGAUGAAAUGGAACAGUUCCCGUCUCUUAUCACAAAUGUGAAGGAUUUGAAGAGAAAGAAAGAAUUAGAAAAUGCUAUAUCCGUUUAUGAUGAAGAAAUCCAGUUUUUGGAACAGAACUACGACAUUGUCAAGUGUAACGUUUGGAUGAGGCAAGUGGCAGAGAUCCAAAAUAAGUGCAGAGCAAUGGUAGCCGAAAAAAUUGUGCAACGAUUUGAUGUGGUUAAAGUUCCCAGGAACACCACAAUCAAUGAUCUAGCAGUUGACAUGAUUAUCAACCUGAGUCUAACGUGUGGGACAGGUUUUUACAGUAGCAAAAUGCAUGAAACGGUUUGGAAGGGUCGCAAGCUUGUACUGAAAGACAAAGAGACNUCACGUUCUGUCCUCUUGGCAACUUAUCACCGAUAGAGGCUUGUUCUUCUUACUUUUCAGAUUUACUUUGAAAGCUCAUCUAGAAACAAAACGUUAAAGGCUGGAUCUUGGUUCCUAUACCAGAUAUUUCCAGGCACUACACUGCAGUGUCAGCGACUGCUGUUCAAAGCAGCGAAGACAGGAGAACUAGAUACAGUACAAAAACUUGUGGCUUUCUUUAAUGCUGACAAGAACUUUAUCAAGUCAAAGGAGCAUGGAUCUGGCAACACUGCUCUGCACUUGGCCUGUAGGCAUGGGCAUUAUGAUAUUGUGUUGUACCUGCUGGAGAAUGGAGCUGACAUUGACAUGUCCAACAAUCAUCACAACACGCCUUUCUUCCUCGCUACAGAAAGCUUACAGAAAGAAAUCUGUCAGGUGAAGAAACAAGUUAGAUGUUUCCCACAAUCAAAGGAGCAUGGAUCUGGCAACACUGCUCUGCACUUGGCCUGUAGGCAUGGGCAUUAUGAUAUUGUGUUGUACCUUCUGGAGAAUGGAGCUGACAUUGACAUGUCCAACAAUCAUCACAACACGCCUUUCUUCCUCGCUACAGAAAGCUUACAGAAAGAAAUCUGUCAGCUUCUUAUUGAAUGGGGAGCUGAUGUGAUGAAGCGUAACAAAAGCAGUAAAACAGCGUUUGACCUCAUGCGUCACUAUGAACUCAAGAAGUUCUUAGAAGCAAAUUAUAAAGAGUGGCAGGAACUAGUUCCUCAGUUGAUAUCAGGAAACAUCGAGAAGCUCGCUACAGUUGUGGACGUACAUCACAGAAAGGAAAAGAUGAUGGCGAGUCUGAGAAGCAGGUGUGUCAGCGGUAGUACGCUCCUCCAUACAGCUUCGUUCUUUGGAGCGAUCCCGGUGAUUAAGACCCUGCUUUCUGAAGGGGUGGAUGUCAAUAUAUUGGACUACAAAGGAGCCACGCCCCUGCACAGAGCCAAAGACGCGGCAACUGUAGAGCUUCUCCUGGAGGCAGGAUCAAACAUAGACAGUGAAGACCACGAUGGCAACACUCCACUGCAUGUCAAAUGUUACGGUGAAAGUGGAGAGGCCACUGACUUAGAAUGCAUUGAAAAGAUGCUGAUGAAAGAAGCCCCACUAAACAUCAGAAAUAAUCGAGAUUUGAUGCCCAUUCACUGUUGUGCCAUGCAAGGUCGAAUAGACGCCAUUCAAGCUCUCCUGUUCUUCGACACUGAAGGAAGCAUCAAGCGAAACUUAGAAAUGGAGAAUGAGAAAACUCCGCCCAGUCUUCUUCAUUUGUCAGUGGCCAACGACUUCCUUGACUGUGGGAGGUGGUUGGCGGAAAACAAGUUUGAAUUCAAAGAGAAAGAAACAGAUUUACUUGUGCAUAAGAUCCUGCUUGAAGAAGUGCCUUGUGCCAAUCGUGUGGAGACCGUCAGAUUUCUUCUGCGGAAGGGUGCCUCGGUAAAUCCUACAUACCCUGGAGGAAAUACCGCUCUUCAUCUGACAGCUGGCCUGUCAAAUUCUUCGGAUCUGUUAGAGCUGCUGUUGUCUUUCGAUGCUGAUGUGGAUGCUAUGAACGAUGAUUUGUGUAGCCCUCUGUUUUACGCCACUCAAUCGAACAAUCUGUACGCUGCUAGUCUACUACUAAAUCAUGGUGCCAAUGUAAGGUCAAGAAACCUCCAAGGACUGACCGCCUUCGAUUUCAUCUCUGAUUUCGAGGAGUGGAUAGAAUGCGGCUAUUUCAGUGAAGAAAUUAAGGCCAGAUUAAAAGCUUACAGUCUCAAGCAUGCUAGAGAUCUGGUACGAGCGAUCACUAAGAAGGUGAAGAGCCACCCGCCGCCGCCUGCGUCACAGCUUCCUUUAGGGCGAUCCCAGCCUGCUUUGCCAGCCAUCGGAGUUGGUCACGUGCCUCUAAUGCUUCCACCAAUCCGAAAAGGAGCGAGAAAUUAAGCCGCUGGAUAGAGUGCAAUCUGAGUCAGGACAUUCAGUAGGACGAAAAGAUCGCUGACAUGGAUGUCAUGAUGCAUUAUGUGAUGCUGGGGUGAGAGAGAUAAACUGCGCGGAAGAAUCUUUUGCAGCCACAGGAACACCAAGUAACACCUCAGUGGGUGACCAGGGCCCUUGCAAGAACUGACAGCGCCCGUGGUGUUUGUAAGAGUUACUGCUAAGCAACAUAUUUAUUUCCACACGACGACAAACUCACGUGACAGUUUUGGAUGUGCUUGGGAUUGCUUGUGGUGUCGUCCUCUGUCAUUGAACUUCCUUGAACAUAUCAAUCAUCCUCUUUUAAAAGUAUGUAUUGAUCCUGACGUAAAAAAGCUCAUCCAAAUAGGAAAACAUCCCAGAGUUAAUGAUUUGUUCAUUAUCGUUUUCAAUGAGUGAGACGUUUCUUUAUAUAGCGGCUGCAAUUGAAGAGAGUAUUUAUAAUUACGUGUGUCGACUUGCCAAGUGGAGACGUGAGGGUAUUGUGUCAAUGAGUUACAAUGACGCUUUCCACGAAGGCUUGUCUUACAAGUUCUGCUGCAAUAAUGAUAACUACUGUUAAUAUUGCGUACGCGCUAUAACUGUACACAUUUUUUAUAAGAAUAUAUUUUAUAAGGAUGUCGAGGCUGGAAUUUGCGAAAUUUUAAGAAUAUUGUAAGAAUAAACUCGAGGUUGAGAUUUUGAGAAGAAUA